AUAAGAAAAAAGAACUUGAAGAAUAAGAAGAACAGAUCAUUUGCUUUAAGCAUAAGAAGAAAAGAAAAAUUAAAGAGAACUCAUUUUACUAAAAACCUUGGUUCAACGUUUUUAAACAUUUAGUUCCACAAAAAAAACUAACAUUUGCGUGAUCAUGCGUCGACUGCUUUUGUUGGCAACUUUAAGUCAUUUUUUCACAGCAACAUUUGCAGGAGUAAGUUCGCACUCUGAUGAUUGGGCGUACAACUCUGAUACAGAAGGUCCGCAGUUUUGGGCAUAUGCUCACCCGCUAUGUAAUGGAACAAGACAAUCUCCGAUAAACAUUAUUAUGAAAGAGACAAUAUAUAAUGAAACACUUACUCCAUUAGUUCCCCUAAACUAUUCAACAGUCUUCAAUGAUGCAAAAUAUUAUUUAGCUAAUAAUGGUCACACAGUCAACCUAGGAAUAGAAAUGGGUACCAGGGUACCAAUUGGUCUUAUAUGGAAAGGAAAACAAUACUACUAUCAUGAAUUGCAUUUUCAUUGGGGCGAAAAUGAUCAACAUGGAUCAGAACAUUAUUUUAACAAUCAGUCGUAUGCACUUGAAGUACAUAUUGUUCAUUACCUGAAUGAUUAUGGAGAUUUUGACCGUGCCCUUAACUACAGCGAUGGAAUACUUGUUUGGAGCAGUGUUUUUCAGACAAGCAAUUCAAGCGAGACAUCCAAUACUCUACUUCAAGACGUGUUCAACAAUAUUGAUAAAAUAAUUAAUGCUGAAAACAAAACUUACAUUAAACCUUUGCCACUUUCAUCAUUUGUGUCAGAAAAUUCAACUGGAAGUUAUUAUCACUAUGAAGGAUCUUUAACUUCACCAGAUUGUACUGAAUCUGUCAUGUGGAUUGUUAAUCACAAAAUGAUUAGUGUUUCAUCAGAUCAGCUUCUUUCUUUUCGAUUGUUGAAAGGUCGCUUACAUAACACAAGCAAUUCUGUUUGGUUGGAGAAUUUAACAAACACUGACCGACCGACUCAGCCCAUAAACGGAAGAAAAGUGUUUACAAGUGUUCUCAAUUACCCUAACUCUAAUUUUUUUAACAAGAACAUUACAUCGGGAAAUAACUCAACAUCUUAUUUAACUCCUAUUCUCGAAAAUACCCAGAAUGCAACCCAGAAUACAACUUAUUUAUCCAAAACCUACAAAAACUCAGCUUUCUUAACCGGAACUGCAUCAAACCUUUUUAUUUUAUGUUUUAUAUUAGUUAUUGAUUGUUUUUAUUAAAUAUUGCAUUUUAACUUUAGUUUUGUAAUUGUUAUCUAAAAUAUAUAUUUUUAGUUAAAA